UAAAGUUAAAGCCAAUUCGUGUUAAUUGAAGCUGAAUAUAAACCAUUGCCUAUGGAAUUCUCUUUGCUUCCUGCGCAACGGGAAAGUGAAGUCACUAGACUGGUUCCUGUAAAGCAUCUGGAGAAAAGUCUUUUGGAAAAGUUGCGCUUGAAAUACUCUCAAAAGCCAUGGAAUGAAACGAUUAAACUAACUAGACUGUGUUUGGACAAACCUGUUGGAAAUGCAUUGAAGUGCUCACUGUAUCAUCCAGUGUUAAGAUGCAAGAACAUGCUACAAGAAGCACUGAAAGCAAAAUCCCUGUCUGUAAUUUUGAGCCGCAUAGAAUGUAUAUCCAAACAAAAGGGGCUGGAUUCCCACCUUGGUCCUAAUGAAAAAAUUUGCUAUAUCACCUCAGAAAUGUUUUACAUAGAAGUACAGGUGAAGAAAAAUGGAAAUGUGUCUUCUGUCAAACUGGCUCAUCAUGGAGAAACACCAGUGGUCUGCAAUGAGCUACUCCAAUUCCUCAGGGCAAAGGAUUUUAAAGCUUUUGGUCGAAGUUUGGAAGGACUACUACUUUUAUACAACAUUCCAGGAAACAGUGAAAUAAAAGCUAAAGUGUAUAUUGCCUUGAGGUCCUUAGAAGCAGAUCUGAGUGCAAUGUUCAAUCUUUACAGCUCUAAGAAACCUAAUGAUAAGGAAUUCGCAAUUUUGCAUGGACAAGUAGGUUAUCUCUCCCCUAGAUGUGGAGGAACUCCUAUGGGUAUUGAAUAUUAUAUAUCCCCAUGCGUGCUUUUGGAAGAAAAGCUAAAGCCAGGAUCAUUGGUGGGUGGAUAUAAAGCCUAUCUGAGUAUUAUGGGCUCAAACAAUUGGUUCCUGCUUCCAAAUUCUCCACUGUUCAGUGGACUUCAGCAAGAUAGCAACAUGCCUUCAUUUUCUGUGCUUACUGAAGAAUGUAGUAUGGAUUUGCCUGCUUGCUUUUGCUUUAUGUUCACUGAUCCUUUACCAUUACUACUACCAUUUGUUCAGAAAAUACAGUGUAUUACAGGACUUCCUGUUGCUGGAAUAAAGCAGGCUCCAUUUCAUGAACUAAUUACACACCUAGAAAAUAGUUGCUGCACGACUGAUGAAGCCAGUACAGAUGCCCAGUUUAUACUGAGUAUUCCAGAUUGCAGAGAUCACUGCUAUGCCAUUACAAGUGUAACAGAUAACAAAGAAGCUCUUAUGGGUAUCUUGGUGGAUAAAAUACCCUUUACUCAUCCAAGCCAAGUUCCGCCAACAUUGGAAGUGCUUCGCCAUCAGGCUGCUUAUAGUACUCUUAUCAACAGCUGCAUCUCCAGUACCAGGAAAACAAAAGAAUGUACAGAUAUGACUCACUUUGAAAUCUCCUUGCAAAAGAACUGCAGAAUUGGCAUUUCAUUUCAAAAUCCGAGUGGCGUCGGUCUUUCAUGUGUUGCUGUUGAUGUCUUGAGCUCCAGGCAAUUAAAAUGUAUUCUGUACAAGGAUGCUGUGGACCCUUCCUUUCCCUGCAACAAUGAGUUUAUAGUGAAAGUUUUGCAAUGUUGCAUGUCCAUACCUAUCACUAUGAGAGCUAUUCUAAAGAAGUCGCAGAAUACGAGAGCUGUCUCCAAGAUGGAAACUUACUCUGCAACAGUGCAUCCUCUAACUACACAAGGCAUUGAAAGGGAUGUUUCAAUGGCUUUGCACCAUGAUAAGCAGCAAGUAAACAGUCCUGACAAGAAAGUUUUGGGGCAUAACAAACAUAAAGCAGUAAAUGGCAAUUUAGGCCAUGAGAUGGCAGCACAGUCAGCUGAACAUAAUUCUGACUUUACAAUAGAGACUUAUAGAUUUGCUGCUCAGUUCAAUUGUAACAUUGUAGAAGAACAAAGUACUAGCUUUGCCAAGGAGUCCAGUCCUAUAAUGGCAGAGGGCCCUGUGCCGCUCAUGGCUGAGGUGCCUUGUCAAGUAAUGCUGGGCGGCCCUAGUUCGGUCAUAUUGGAAGUUUCAAGUCCAGUCUUGUCAGAGGAACCCAGCUCUAGUAUGACAGAACACAGUUCAAGUUUUACAGGUGACCUUAGUACAAGUAUUACAGAAGAAUUCAAUUUAAAUGUUUCAGGUUUCAUGGUUUCUGAGAAAAAAAAUUGAAGACUCCUACUGAAUGUUUCAAUGUGUUGUCUUUUGAUGCAUAUAAAUGGUAAAAUAAACCUGUCCAUAUUUUGUGUGUUACAUACGUUGGUGUAUGGCCACCUUAAAAGGUUAGAGAGAUGUGAAUGAGCAAACCCUAUGUCUGUAGUGACUGGCAGAUCUCCGUCCCUUCUGUUCUGGGAAGAUUUAAAAUGGAUCAGCCCUUCUCUGACAGGAAAACCCAACAGCAGAUUAUAAGCAAGCCAUAAGCCUAAAGGGGCCACUGGUAGUAGAGUGUAGCAAGAACUAUACUCCCCCCCCCCCCCCCCCCCCCAGGCUACAAAAGCCCCCUUAACUAUUACUGGCUUGAACCCCCAACCCUCAUGUAUCACAUAGUUUCACAAAGUUUAACAACUGUCCCAAGCUAAAACAGCAGAGUAGCGCAGCAGCGUAUCUGGCCAAUAUCUGCUUUGCAACUGAACAUGCUUCGGGUCUCUCCACCGACAUGAACCCUGCUUGCACAUGUGCAGUUGGAGGUAGCAGGAAAUCUGCUUAUACUGUGCAUGCGCAAGCAGGGUCCGUGUUGGUGAGACCUCAAAGUGCUGUUCAGUUGCAGGGAAGAUGUCAGGGAAGACUGUGUUAAAGGCAUUUGCUACUUUAUAUAUGGUAAAAGCAUGCAUUGUGUGCUGGUUGGCAUAUGUAUCCUGUUUGACUCCUGCCUGAACUUGAAAGUGCCUGAUUAUGUCAGAAUCGCUCCUGAGCCUUGGUGGUCCUUCAGCUUUUGUGCAAAGUAUCCAUAAAAUGCUUUCUGUUCUAUCUUAAUGUGUGUGUUAUCAGUUUAAGCGCUCUACAGAGCCCAAAAGAACCCUCCUCAAUACAUAGGGGGAGCUUACAAGGUACAUAUUGUUAAAAAAUAAAAAUUGUAAUUUGUAGCACUAGUGAGACAGGGCAUUAGAAUUUAAACUGCAAAAGUGCAGUUUAUUUUGUGUAUUAAAUUGCAUUUUUGCAGUUUAAAUUAUGCAGUGUCCAGUCUCCCUACUAUUACUACAUUUACCUAACAAUUAUUACAUGUCUGACAUGAGG